AUGUCCUCUGCUCCAGCCUCCAGGUCCCGGCACCAUCCCCAAGGCACAUCUGGGCCGGCAUGGCUCUGCCUCCUGCUCCUGCUGACUGCCUGCAUGCCCGCAGCUGGCACCAACCCCGGCAUCAAGGCCCGGCUGACCCGGAGGGCGCUGGAAUUCGGACGGCGGUUUGGGCUGGAGCAGCUCCAGUCACUGCUGCAGAAGGAGCAUGAGCUGAACCUGACGGGCUCCUACCACAGCCCGUUCCUUGGGACACUCACCUACACUGUGCCCCGGAUCCACAUCCAUGAGCUGCAGAUAAAUGACUCCACCGUGGACUUCGCCGAGGACGUGGGGGUGAGGCUGACGGUGCAGAGCGCCCGCAUCCGGCUCAGUGCCGACUGGGGAGCCCAGCUGGGUGCCAUCCAGGACAGGGGCUCCGUCGAACUCCGCAUGCGUGACCUGGCCGUGGCGGCGGUGAUGGGAGUGAGCGUGGAUGGCAGCGACCGCCCCAUGGUGUGGAGCGUCGGCUGCGACGCCCACGGCACUGACCUGCACUUGGAGUUUCACCGUGGACACAGCUGGCUCUACAACCUGCUGGCACCGCUGCUCCAGACAGCCCUGCGUCAGGAACUGAACAAGGAGCUCUGCCGCGAGCUCCGCAGGAGCAUCAGCAGGCUGGAGGAUGCUCUGAAGCAUAUGAAAGUGUCCACCCAGCUGGACUCCUUCGCCGCCAUCGACUACUCCCUGCUGGGGCGGCCGGCCAUCACAGCGGAGCAUGGGGACAUCGCCCUCAAGGGGGAGUUCUUUAGGGUGGGCAAGUACCAGCAGAGGCCUUCCUCGGCGAAGCCCGUGCCCCUGCCCGUGGCGUUGCCUGCAGCUCUGCCCAUGGCACUGGCCACGGUGCACGAGCCCAUGCUGCUGCUGGCCAUCACCGAGUUCGUUGCCAACUCGGCCGCCUUCACAUACUUCACGGCUGGAGCUCUGGAGAGGAACAUCUCCAGUGACAUGCUCCCACGGCGGUUCCCACUCCAGCUGAAGACCAAGAGCAUGGGGCUCUUCUCCCCACAGCUGCAGGAGCGCUACCCGGACCACCCCAUGGAGCUGCGCCUCUCAGCCCGCCGGCAGCCCCGGCUCUCCUGCCGCCCCGAUGCCCUGCACGGGGCCCUCUUCAGCUCUGCUGAGGCCUUCGUGGUGCUGCCCAACGCCACCCGUGUCCCUGCUUUUCUGCUGAACAUUGAUGCCAACGUGACGGGGAAGCCGAUCAUCACCAGGAACAGGCUCGGGGGCACCGUGAGCCUGAAGGGGCUCAGCGUGGAGCAGGUGACGUCGCAUGUGGGCCCAGUGGAGGUGAAGAGGCUGGAGAACCUGCUGAAGUUCGCGCUGUGGCUUUUCGGGGUGCCCUGGGCAAACAAGCGUCUCCAGGCCGGCAUCCCCCUGCCCACCCCGCACGGCCUCAGUCUGCUCAACCCCCGGAUCUCGCUGCAGGAGGGCUUCAUGCUCAUCGCCACAGACCUGCAGUAGAAGUCAAAGAAUCACAGACUCAUAGAAUCAUAGAAUUUUCAUGGUUGGAAAGGACCUUUGAGGUCGAGUCCUGAGACCAGCAGCUGCGUGGGAACUUACCAGCC